GCCGGAAGAGAGAAUCUGUAGGGGCGGGCCGGCUGGCGUCCCCUUUCCGGCCGGUCCCCAUGGAGGCGCUGGGGAAGCUGAAGCAGUUCGAUGCCUACCCCAAGACUUUGGAGGACUUCCGGGUCAAGACCUGCGGGGGCGCCACGGUGACCAUUGUCAGUGGCCUUCUCAUGCUGCUACUGUUCCUGUCCGAGCUGCAGUAUUACCUCACCACGGAGGUGCAUCCUGAGCUCUACGUGGACAAGUCGCGGGGAGAUAAACUGAAGAUCAACAUUGAUGUACUUUUUCCGCACAUGCCUUGUGCCUAUCUGAGUAUUGAUGCCAUGGAUGUGGCUGGGGAACAGCAGCUGGAUGUGGAACACAACCUGUUCAAGCAACGACUAGACAAAGAUGGCAUCCCCGUGAGCUCAGAGGCUGAGCGGCAUGGUAACCAGAGGAAGGGGCUGGGUCUCAGAUCCCAAAGCUGGACGUUCCCAAGCCUACAUGCUGAGCUUGGGAAAGUCGAGGUGACGGUGUUUGACCCUGACUCCCUGGACCCUGAUCGCUGUGAGAGCUGCUAUGGUGCUGAAGCAGAAGAUAUCAAGUGCUGUAACACCUGUGAAGAUGUGCGGGAGGCAUAUCGCCGUCGAGGCUGGGCCUUCAAGAACCCAGAUACUAUUGAGCAGUGCCGGCGAGAGGGCUUCAGCCAGAAGAUGCAGGAGCAGAAGAAUGAAGGCUGCCAGGUGUACGGCUUCUUGGAGGUCAAUAAGGUGGCCGGAAACUUCCACUUUGCCCCUGGGAAGAGCUUCCAGCAGUCCCAUGUGCACGUACAUGCUGUGGAGAUCCAUGACUUGCAGAGCUUUGGCCUUGACAACAUCAACAUGACCCACUACAUCCAGCACCUGUCAUUUGGGGAGGACUAUCCAGGCAUUGUGAACCCCCUGGACCACACCAAUGUCACUGCACCCCAAGCCUCCAUGAUGUUCCAGUACUUUGUGAAGGUGGUGCCCACUGUGUACAUGAAGGUGGAUGGAGAGGCUCCCCUCCCACCCCAGGUGCUGAGGACAAAUCAGUUCUCUGUGACCAGACAUGAGAAGGUCGCCAAUGGGCUGUUGGGCGACCAGGGCCUUCCCGGAGUCUUCGUCCUCUAUGAGCUCUCGCCGAUGAUGGUGAAGCUGACAGAGAAGCACAGGUCCUUCACCCACUUCCUGACAGGCGUGUGCGCCAUCAUUGGGGGCAUGUUCACAGUGGCUGGACUCAUCGAUUCACUCAUCUACCACUCAGCACGAGCCAUUCAGAAGAAAAUUGAUCUAGGGAAGACAACGUAGUCACCCCUCAGCGCUUCCUCUGUCUCCUGUCUCUCCCUGGCUUGUGGUUGUCCCCCAGCCUCCGCCACCCUCCACCUCCUCAGUCAGCCCCAGCCCCAGGUUGAUAAAUCUAUUGAUUGUGAUAGUA